AAAUUCAAGCCUGCAAAGACCCAUGUUCUAUCUAUCUCUCUCAGGGACAAACUUCUCAAUGAAAUGGUAUAUUAAUUUCAUGCAAUUUGGUCUCUGAUGCAUCAUCAUCAACGUCAUUCUUUGAGCUUCUUCCAUUCCAACUUGUCGAGGUCUCCCUCUUCCUUAGCCUGAUCUCUCUCCCAUUUCUUUCCUUUUAUACGUUUAGGCUUUCUCUUAUCCGAUCCUUUUUCCUCUGACUUUCUCCAACUUUCUCUCCCUCCCCUCAAUGCCAGAAAUGAAGCGAGAAGUCAUGUGGCCUCGAUUAGUAGCCAACAAAUUCCUCAGGAAGACAUUGGGAAGCAACAAUUUUGUCACAGAUUUUCCGGGCAACAUAGAAGGCAUUCUGGAAAUUCCAAGCUCAGACCAAACAUCUCCAAGACCUAAGACUAUCUUCAAUCAUCGCAACGACGUGCAUAAGGUUUUCGUUAGUACUUGGAACGUUGGUGGGAUUGCACCACACGAUGAUUUGAAUAUUGAGGAUUUGUUCGAUACAUGCAACAAUUCCUGUGACAUUUAUGUGAUUGGGUUUCAAGAAAUCGUGCCCCUAAGAGCAUCAAAUGUUCUAGGAUCAGAGAAGAGUAAAAUUUCUAUGAAAUGGAAUUCCUUAAUUAGAGAAGCUUUGAACAAGAAAAAACACAGCCGGGAACAUGACCAAUAUAAUCAUCUACAAGAAAGUGCAAAAAAUGGAAAGUCCAUUGAAAGCAGCAUUCCUCAAGAUUAUCAGUGUAUCAUAAGUAAGCAAAUGGUUGGGAUAAUGAUAUCGGUUUGGGUUCGAAACAAUCUCCGUCCUUUCAUCAAGCAUCCAAGCGUCUCAUGUGUAGGUUGUGGCAUCAUGAGCUGCCUAGGAAACAAGGGGGCAGUGUCUGUUAGAUUUCAGUUGCAUGGAACAAACCUAUGCUUUGUGUGCUGUCAUCUAGCUUCAGGAGGUAGAGAAGGGGAUGAGAAGUAUAGAAACUCCGACGUAGCUGAAAUAUUUUCUCGGACAAGUUUUCCUAGACGCCCUUUACUUGAUUUGCCGCGAAAGAUUCUUGAUCAUGACCAAGUUAUCUUUCUUGGGGACUUAAAUUAUAGAAUUUCCCUACCAGAAGGAACAACACGAUUAUUAACAAAUAGACGAGAGUGGAAUGCAUUACAAGAAAACGAUCAGCUAAGGAUGGAGCUUCGGGAUGGUCAAAUAUUCCAAGGUUGGCAAGAAGGAAUAAUCAAAUUUGCUCCCACUUACAAAUAUUAUCCGAAUUCUGAUUUAUAUUAUGGAUGUCUUGAAGAUAUAAAGGGUGAAAAAAGACGCGCUCCUGCAUGGUGCGAUCGGGUAAUUUGGUAUGGAAAGGGUUUAAAGCAGCAUAAAUACUAUAGAAGUGAACUAAAGUUGUCAGAUCAUAGACCUGUCAAAGCAAUAUUUACAGCAGAAGUUGGGGUUACACAAGCGUUGAAAGGAUUUCAAAGUUUUUUCCUAUCCGACAGGUUUGAGCGAAUUACAAGCCACUUUGAGUUAUCUGCCUCCACUGAUGAUAUUCUAUGUAAAGGUAGAUCAAGUUUGCAAAUGUAAAAUUAAACUAAACCUAUAAGAUGGUAUAUAUAUGGUGUUUGAACACAAAAUGAAAAGGGGAAAAAAAAAAAAAAAAAAACACCAAGUGUUGAAGCUUCUGUCAUAUAUUUUUAUAUAUAUGCUAGCAGACGAGUGUACAGUGAUUUUUUUUUUUUUUUUUUGAGUGUACAGUGAAGUUGGUUUCAUUAUUCUCCAUGGUUUUAUAUAUUUAAGAGUCUUGGAAAGCCAGUCCAAAAAGUCGCUAUUUCUCUUUCAAAGAUAAUAUGAAGGUUCGUUUUUAUCCAAGAAGAAUUGUCCAAAUUGAAGAGCUUACCUGAUGCUCCCAGCCAGGGUGUUGCAUCCUCACGCAGUGCAUGUGGUCUUUAAUUAAUUCCAAAUACUUCUCAGUGACAGCUUGAAAGACAAUUUGGCAGGCGCAUUUUCAACUUUGAGAUUGAAGAAAUAAGGGGAGAAGAGAAAGACGAACCCAGUUAUUAUCGUAAGACAAAAUUGUGAGUUGGACCAUGCGUCAUCCUCCAUAUACAAAUACACCGCUGCUAAUAUGUUUAUUUAUUAACAUGGGGUGGGAGAUUAAAGUUAUUUUUCUUUUAUGCAUUUGA